GCCGAGGAACCGAAAGAGAAAACGGGCCGGGGCCGGCGGCGGCGGAGCGGCGCGCGCGAUGCGGCUGCGGGCGCUGCGGUGGCUGCUCGGGCUGCUGUGCUGCUGCGGCGGCGGCGGCCGUGCGGACUACGGCGCCAUCUCGCCCCCGACCUGGCCGCGGAGUCGCGAGCGAGAGGCAGCCGCCUUCCGGGAAAGUCUCAAUAGACAUCGAUAUUUGAAUUCUUUAUUUCCUAGUGAAAACUCCACUGCCUUGUAUGGAAUAAAUCAAUUUUCUUAUUUGUUUCCUGAAGAGUUUAAAGCCAUCUAUUUAAGAAGCAAACCUUCCAGGUUUCCCAGAUACCCGGCAGAAUUGCAAAUGCCCAUUCCUAAUGUAUCUUUCCCAUUAAGAUUUGACUGGAGGGACAAGCAUGUUGUAACCCAAGUGAGAAACCAGCAGACGUGUGGAGGAUGCUGGGCCUUCAGCGUGGUCAGUGCAAUAGAGUCUGCAUGUGCAAUAAAAGGAGAGCCCCUGGAAGACCUAAGCGUGCAGCAAGUCAUUGACUGUUCCUAUAAUAAUUACGGCUGCAAUGGAGGCUCUACGGUUAACGCUUUGAAAUGGUUAAACAAGAUGCAAGUAAAACUUGUGAAAGAUUCAGAAUAUCCUUUUAAAGCACAAAAUGGCCUUUGCCAUUACUUUUCUGGUUCACAUUCUGGAAUUUCAAUCAAAAAUUAUUCUGAAUAUGAUUUCAGUGAGCAAGAAGAUGAAAUGGCAAAAGCACUUCUUACUUUUGGCCCUUUGGUAGUCAUAGUGGAUGCAGUAAGCUGGCAGGAUUAUCUGGGAGGCAUAAUACAGCAUCAUUGUUCUAGUGGAGAAGCAAAUCACGCAGUUCUCAUAACUGGUUUUGAUAAAACUGGAAGUACUCCAUAUUGGAUUGUGCGGAAUUCAUGGGGAAGUUCAUGGGGAGUAGAUGGCUAUGCCCACGUCAAAAUGGGGAGUAAUAUCUGUGGUAUUGCGGAUUCAGUUUCUGCUGUAUUUGUGUGACACAUGGGGCAGGUGAAGAGAUAACUACAAAAAUGAAGGAUUUCAUAAUACGGUGUAAUAUCAUACUUCAUCACAAGUCUUAUUCAACUCCAGGCUUCAGCGACUGCCUACAAACAAUGCUAGCUAGGGGCCCAGGAGUACUGAAACUAAGUUGUAGAAUGUUCCCUUCUUGUAGAGAGAAGGGUAAGCAACGACUAAGAGGAAGGACCCACCAGCAGCUCUCCAGCCUGUAAGGAAACCUGUGGAACAGUUUCCUACCCUGGGAGGAAGGUCAGAUUAGGAGAUAUUUUAGGCCCCUCCAAUUUGAAGAGACUCUUGUUUGGUUUUGUUUCCUUAUUAUCUGUUUGCUUGCUUAUUUGUUUUUAAUGAGGUUCUUCAUAUGGGAUCAAAGAGGUGGUAAGAAUUUAUUUUCUUUUCCAGGAUGUAAUCAUUAACCUUAGAUUACCCUUCUACACAUGAAGGGCCAAAUUAAAAUUAGGUGUGCCUCACACAAGUGCAAGAGCAGCCCUCUGAGAUGAAAUAUCAGGGUUUGAAACAUCAAGUGCUUUACCUCAACAAAGAGUGCUUUGUUAGGCCUUGAAUAGCAAAGUGACCAUGGAGGCAAAAACAAAGGCAAAUCGCUUCUUAAGACAAACAGUUAAACACGGAUAGAAAUUAAAUCACCAAUAUGGCAACUAUGUGAUCAGAAAUCUCUAGUAGCAUUCAUGAGAGACAUAUUGUUUGGAAAUUUUCAUUGCUGAUAGGAAACCCACACAUUUUAGUUCUUCACUUUCUCCCCUGUAUUAGAGAAAAAGUAUGAUGCCACAUUUUCUCACCCUCUUCCUCUUCCACUGAGUUUUCCUAGUGGUUUGGCUUCCCUGUCCAAACAAUUAAGUCUCACUUUUACUUUCUAGUUCUAUUUUCUAGCUAUUUUCUUGCCUCCCUUUAUCUCUGUGCCUUUAUCAACAUUAGACUCUCACCUCCAGCUUUCUCCGGUGAUUUGUGAGCUCCACUUUUUUCAAAGUCCAAUCUCUUAACCUGGGCAGAAUGGAUCAGCCAAAGUGUGAGCUCCCCAGACUGUAGCCUUGUUUUCUCCUUGGAUUUUUGGGUCUCCAGUCCUAACUGCUUCUUUGUUCACCGCUUUUUACUUUCACUUGGCUCUCUGUCAUGGUGCCUGUAUCUCUUGCGUCAUUAAUUGCGUGGGUGAUUUCAGGUGCUAGGACACAAGUGCAGUUUUGAUAAACUUGCAUCCUCAGUGAGAAUCAGUCAUCCUGUGCACAGAGAGGGGACUCUUCGUUCUGCUCAUACCCCACAACCCAGAAACAAAGCCAUUUCUUGCAUUGCCCUGGAAUGACCUUAGUAAGAGCUGAGCUUCUGAUUGAGCAAAGGUACAACAUAUUAAGUAAGUUAAUACAGGAACUUCAUUUCAAGGACUACAUAUAUCAACAUUACUUCUCUAAAGUUCUUCAUUAUUUUCUGACAUAGAACAUCUGAACAAAAAUAAAACUUAGGCUACAGAAGCCACUAAAAAAAUUCAAGGCAAUCUCAUUUUUUUUCUCUGAUUUUUUAUCCUUUAUCCUUCCUCUUUAUUAGAAAAACAAAAUACUGUGUUUAUUUUUGUACACCAACCUGAACUAAUCUCAGUAUGUGCUGACUCAGGUUUUAGAGAUACUCCAAGAAGACAAAUACUGACAUUUUCGUUCUAGUUUGUGUUGUUACUGACUUUGUACGUGAUAUAAAUGCUUUCCUAAAAUUCUUUUUCAAAUGUUAAAGGAUUUUGAAUGUCUCAAAAUGGUUAAUACUUCGCAGCUGUUCUGGGUUUUGAUGACUUUGUAAUAAAACAACCUAUAUUUGACUUUGGUUUAA